AUGACUUCCAUAAUAAAUUCAAACAGCAAAAAAGACUUGUUUCUUUUGGCUUCAUAUUUUCGAAGAUUAAAUGGAAAUAUUAUUUUACAUAUGAGCUCAGCAUCAAGUGUACUUAGUCAAUCAAAAACGGAAACACCACCAACAAAAACAGAAAUAAUGCGAUUUCCCGUACAACCCCUUAAAGAAACUCUACAAAAAUAUAUCGAGUCGGUUAAACCUUUUGUCAAUGAAGAAGAAUUAACGAAUACAAAAAAAAUUGUGGACAAUUUUUCCGAACCUAAUAAUAUUGGUACGGUACUACAAUCUCUGUUGGAAUUCAGAGCUAAAAAUAUUGAAAACUGGUUAUCAGAUUGGUGGUUAGAUACUGCAUAUUUAGAAUACAGAGAUCCAGUUGUAGUAUAUUCGAGUCCAGGUUUGGUUUGGCCAGCUAAAAAUUUCCAAAGUGAACAUGAAAGAAUUUGUUAUGCAGCUACGAUCAUACAUUCAGCAUUACUUUUUAACAUAUUAUUAGAGAAAAAGAAACUGCCACAGGACAUGUUGGGAUCAUUUCCUUUAUGCAUGAAUCAAUAUUAUAAAAUUUUUGGAACUUGUCGAAUUCCAGAUUUACCAAAAGAUAAACUUUUAUUUCAAGAUCCGAAAAAUCCGAGUACUAACAUACUAGUUAUUUAUAAUAAUCAAUUUUUUAGCAUCAAUGCAUUUAAAAAUGACACUAGGAAUCCUCUAUCAAUAAACACAUUUUACACAAUGUUACUUGACAUUGUUGAAAAUAACUGUUCGGAAGAUGUGGAAUAUCCUGUCGGUGUUCUCACGACAGAAAACAGAGAUAAUUGGGCAGAAGCUUAUAAAGAAUUAAAAAGAAAUGACAUUAACAAAGACAUAUUGGAAAAUUACAUUGAGAAAGCACUUUUUGUCGUUUGUUUGGAUAAACCGCUGCCAAAUAACAAUUCCUCAUAUGAUACAAAAUGUAGUAAAUUAUUGCUACACGGUUGUGGUAGUAAAUAUAAUGCUGGGAAUAGGUGGUAUGAUAAAACAAUUCAAUUUAUUUUUGGAUGUGGUUCCGAUGGUGUGGGAGUCGCAUAUGAACACAGCCCUGCAGAAGGUGGACCAAUCGGUGUCUUGACUGAUUAUGUUUUGCUCAAAGAGGGGAAAAUUUCAAACAGUCAAUAUAAAUUUGAAAAAGUAGAAGAUUAUCCUUUGCCACAAAAAUUAGAAUUUUGUUUGAAUGAUAAUAUAAAAGAAGCAAUAACUAAAGCAAAAGUUGCAGUCAAUAAAAUCAGCUCGACUCUUAACGUCAACAGUUUUUCUUUUUUUAAAUUUGGUAAAAAUGAAAUUAAAAAGUUAAAAGUAAGCCCGGACAGUUUCAUUCAAGUCGCCAUACAAUACGCUUUUCACGAGUUACACAAACAUCCGGGAGCACAAUACGAAUCGGGAUCACUGAGAAGGUUCGUUAACGGUCGUACGGAUACAAUUCGUACCUGUUCGGAAGACGUUUUGAAAUUUUGUCAAAAAAUGUCCGAAGCGAACGCGUCGAAAGAUGAAAAAAAAGAAGCACUGUUGAAAGCACUCUCAUCUCAUAAAAAAUACGCGAAAGAAGUCGUCGAGGGUAAAGGAAUCGACCGCCAUUUGUUGGGAUUGAAAAUUUUGGCGAAAAUAAACGGCGUGGAAAAUUUGAAUUUAUUUAACGAUGUCGCAUAUCAGCGAAGCACUUAUUUUCAACUGUCGACAAGCAACGUUCCGGUUAAAUGUAACGGUUUUAUGGUUUACGGUCCUUUGGUCAAAGACGGUUACGCCUGUUGUUACAAUCCUAGAGAUAACAACAUCAAUUUUGGAAUGACGGCUUGGUUUAACAGCGACAAAACAAAUUUGAACGAAUUCAGAAAGAAUUUAUGCGAAGCUCUUAUGAAUAUGAAAUGUUGUUUGGAAAAUGACGAAACGGUCAAAUCGAAAUUAUAA